GAUGCGUCAUUAGGUUUCUUAUCAGCUUACGCUUGUCUGUGAUAUAUAAGCGAAAAUGGGAACUUUUCUAGGUUUAAGAAUUAUUUCCUUAAUUUAUUUAAUACCUUCAGUCGUAAAAUGUUACGGUAACGACAUAUUAGGAUGUGGUGGAUUUGUAAAAAGUCAUGUUAAUUUGGAUUUUUCUAAAAUCGAAAUCGGAUUGUAUACCAAAGAAGGAAGCCUCAAAGAGAAAACAGAAUGCGCCCCAAACAACGGAUACUACUUUCUCCCGCUCUACGAAAAGGGCGAAUACGUGUUAAAAGUCCACCCUCCUCCAGGCUGGAGCUUUGAGCCCUCAGAAGUCAACUUAAACAUUGAUGGUGUUACGGACCAGUGUUCUACCGGCCAGGAUGUGAACUUCUCGUUUAACGGUUUUGGUAUCACUGGUCUGGUGAUCACGGCGGGGCAGAAGCAAGGGCCUGCGGGUAUAGCGGUGCAGCUAGUUAAUGAUAAAGGAGAAGUGAGGAACACGGUGACCUCCGCUGGUGGGGAUUUCCAUUUUACUCCGGUGAUUCCAGGGAAAUAUACUGUGAAGGCAUCUCAUCCAAGAUGGAAGCUAGAACCAUCUUCAGCAGUAGUCCAAGUGAAGGAAGGCAACACAGCCCUCCCAACAGGAGUGCUGGCCGUCAAAGGUUAUGAUGUCAAAGGUUCCGUCACUUCUAAUGGCAAUCCUAUUGCUGGGCUGUAUGUGCUACUGUAUUCUAAAGAGGAAAGCCCCAAACUCCGCGUAGAAGGCUGCAAAACGGCACUCCUCCAGGGUGUCCCUGACUCCCCAAUCUGCUACUCCACCACCGACAACAAUGGGGAGUUCACAUUCGGCCUGGUGCCAGCGGGCGAGUACAAGUUACUGGCGCUGGCCAAGAGUCCAGGGCAAGCAACUGUCAGCUAUAAUGUGAAGCCGGAGAGUGUGCCAUUUGCUGUAUUACAUGAUAGCCUGUAUAUUAAGAAUGCUUUUGAGGUGACGGGUUUCACGGUAAUGUCGUCAGUGGUAUCCACCGCUGGUGCAGGCUUACCCAACGCACGCGUGUCGUUGGACGGCCGGGCAGUCGGUAAAACAGAUAGUGCGGGCAAAUAUACCCUGCCAUCUUUGCAGAGUGGGACCUAUACCAUUAGUGUGGAACACGACCAAGCCCAGUUCGACGACGUCCAGCUGAGCAUCACGGCCACGGGCGCGGUGCUCGUGCCCGAGGCGCGCGCGUCGCGCUGGCGCGUGUGCGGCGCCGUGUCGCCGCCCGCCGCCCGCCGCGUCCUCGUGCGCGACGGCCGCGUGCCCGUCGACGACCAAGGCAAAUGGUGCACGUUCCUGCCCCCUGGCGUGUACACGGCAAGAGUCGACGUUUCCGAGCAGGAACAACGGGAUGGAUUGCAAUACUACCCCCUCUCGCACAAAAUCACCGUAUCCCACUCGUCCGUAUCCGACAUCACGUUCUCGCAACUGAAGGCGCUGGUGUCCGGCGCGGUCCGGUGCCGGACCGGCGCCCCGGACCUGCCCGUGACGCUCCGGACGCUAGCGCCGGACGGCAGCGUUGUGGGCAAUCCUCUUACCACCACUGCUAAAGAUGGCAAAUACACCUUCAAAGACGUACUCCCCGGCAGCGUGGAGCUCUCAGUACCAUCCGACAGACUUUGCUGGGCUGAGAGUGUCCACAACAUCGUGGUAACGCAGGAGACAGCUACCGUACCGGACUUUGUUCAGACUGGACAUGUUUUGAGGGCUACUAGUUCUCAUAAAAUUGAGGUGGAUUACAUCAGCGACGACGGGUCAGAAAAGGGCACUUUAACCCUCCCAGCGGGCGCGAGCACGCACUGCGUGGGGCGCGGCUCGCCCCGCGUGUACACACUCACCCCGCGCGGCUGCCACCAAGUUAACCCGCCCACUGCCCGCGCCGACACCGGCGCUGAACAUCCUCAGCCAAUAAACUUUAUCGCCGUAGCCCACUCUGUAGUCCUCCGUGUGACCUCCCCUGAACCUGUCAAAGAUCUGGUGCUGAAGAUAGGAGCCGACGGCCACGGAGCCCGCGCCGUGGGACCGCUGAAGCCGCAACCCAGAGUUGGGGGUGGAUAUGUAUUCGAGCACGAGCUGUUCAUGAAAGAGGGCGAAGUAGCAGUAGUAUCAGCAGAGUCCUCGACACUCCUCUUUAAUCCCUCGGAGCCUCAGCAAGUGAUCGGUUCUUCCGACUGUCAACCACAGGCGUUGACCAUCCGCGCCGUCAAGGGCCUGUCCUUGGCUGGUCGUAUCAUACCCCCUGUAGCUGGAGUCACUGUUACUUUGACCUCAGACGACCUCGAGUUAACCCAGACCACAACAACCGCGGGCACGUACAGCUUCGGGCCGCUGGACGCGAGCAAGCAGUACGCCAUCGCGUGCGCCAAGGAGUCGUACGUGUUCCGCGGGCCCGACGCCGCCGGCCACGUGCGCGCGCACAAGCUGGCCGAGAUCAUAGUGGAGCUGCUCGACGACGCCGACGGGAAGCCUUUGCAGGGCGCCCUAGUCUCUGUAAGCGGCGGCUCGUACCGCCGUAACCUGGUGUCUGGUCCCUCGGGCUCGCUUCGCUUCAGCUCGCUGGCUCCGGCGGAGUACUACGCCAAGCCGCUGAUGAAGGAAUACAAGUUCAGCCCGCCGCAUGAGAUACUUACUGUGCAGGAGGGUCGGGAACACAAGUUGACACUCAGAGGUGUUCGCGUGGCGUGGUCGUGCGUCGGGCAUCUCGUGUCGCUCGGCGGCGUGGGCUGGGCCGGCGCCAGCGUGGUCGCGCGCGCCGCCGGCAAGUGCGCCAGCGAGGAGGCCACUACUGAAGCCGGCGGGGCUUUCAGAAUACGCGGCCUCCUGCCCGGCUGUGUAUACUCGCUACAACUCAAAGACUCGACCACGCCAGAGCUGGCUGGACUGAAGCUCGUCAAGGCACCGUCAUCCAUACAAGUGAAAAAUAACCAGGACAUCACCGACGUACAACUGAUCGCUAUCCAACCACAACAGAUAACGGACACCAAUGUUCUGGUCUACACUCCCAACAUAGACCAUUAUAAGACCCUUCGUCUUACUUUAGCACUGGAAUCUACCCCGGACACUCCUAUAUACUCCACCAAACUGGACAGUGCCGGAUACAGCCAGACUUUAAACCCAGGUCUGAUGUAUGUGUUGCCGCGCUUGCCAGCCGAUAAUAAGACUUAUAUCGUGCAGUUAGAGUCCACUUUGUCUAAAGCGACGCACAGCUACGAGGAGGUGGUUAGUUAUUUCAACUCUGAUGGCCAGUUCAAGUAUUUCAAUUUGGAGUUUUUGCCUAAGGUAAAAUCCUCGGAACAAGAACUCCGCCAAACCUCCCUCCUAGUCGUCCCGCUGUUCCUCCUGCUGGCGCUCGCCUACCACCAGCGCGCCAGUCUACUGGCGCACGUCACUGCGCUGGCGAGCCAGCGGCCCGCGCCUACUCGCCCUACUCGGGCGAGACCCGAUGUUCUUGAUCAUGCCAGUAUAGAUCAGAUUGUGAGUAGUGUUAAUGCUGCCGGAAAGAAAAAGAAACAGUGAGAAUUUUAUUUAUGUAUUUUUUUUUUCUAUUGUGAAAUUUUCCCCUUUCAUUUUUCCCCUAUUAUCCAUUUCCUGACUGUUGUAAUGGAGUAAUGGCGUAGGUUAUGUGAUAGCUCAUUAGGUGAGGCAAUUUCGCGCCGUCUCGGCCGAGGCACGUCUACACUGGCCGUUUUGCGCGCGAGGAAAUUGCCUCGCGCGUAUACUCGCUGUGUGGACCCGCCUAUUCUGUUGUUUCAUCUAUUUUUCGUAUUUUGCGCUUCUUUACAUGACGAGUUUUUUUUUAACUACGUCAUCAUUUCUAGUAGUAUACGUUAAGUCAAAGUUUGUCGGUUUAAGUUCUCUGUGAAAUAUAUUAGAAAACAUAACAGUUAACUCUUGUAUGUACCCUGGCGAGGCAACGGCCCGCGUCUUUUCGGCCUACUAGAGCGAGGCCCGAUAUACUUGAUCAUGUUUUAGUAUAGAUCAGAUUUUAGUUUAAAGAGGGAAAAAAUUUUAGUCUAUGAAAUUCUAUUUCGGGAGAAAACGGUUUCCACUAACUAAAUCUUAACAAAUCACUUUGAUUUUGAUGUCCAUCGUUUCAGCAUAAUAUAUUCUAGGUUAAAAGAUAUCGCUUAAAAAAAAUGUUUUGUUUGUUUAGCAAAUUUUGAAAAAAAGAAAAACCUAUAAACUUAGUUCAUCAUUGUGUCUAUAACAUACAAAAACUCACUGAGAAUGGAAAAUAUUUAGAAGUAGGAAAACGUUUUGUCUUAUUGUAUGGACUACCACGUUCUUCCCUCUUAACGCUGCUGGGAAAAAGAAGAGACAGAGCGUUUUGACGUAUCUCAUGAAAAUCUCCCCUCUUUCUUUCUUGAAGAUAAGUUCAACUACAGUAGAAAAUAUAUCGAUUUCAAUCUGUCGUAAGUAAAACUUAAAUUUGUCUGUUAGCGCGGCGUGUGACGGUACAGACACGUCUGAAAACAUCGUCACGAUCGAAGUGCCAAAAAUAUGUAUACACGACUUUAUGGGCCUUAUAUUAGGGUAGUGUAUACAUAUUUUUGACACUUUGUCCGUAUCGAUAUUUUCAGAAGUGACCGUACAUAUUUUGCGUUCUAAAUAAAUUAUUUAUAUGUUAUGGAAAACUAAAGCAUUCCUCUUUAUAGAAAUGAUGUCGUUGCAUGAAAUCACUCAAUAUAAUAUGAUUUUUUUCCGUUACCAAAAUAACAUGUGGUAUUAGGAUUUUAUAACUUAUAAAUAUAAGCAAAGAGAAUUUAAAAUGGAGGUGUAUUGUCAAAUAAAACUUUGUAGCGACGUAAAUUUACUGCCGUCUUUCGACAUAUCAUUAAAACUUAGAACGCCAUUUGACUUUGAUCCUUAUUCUUUCAGUGAUAUGUGUUAAAUUUGUUAAAUAUCAAAAAGUGGCGCCAUCUAAUAGAUCAAAGGCCAAAGGUAUAUCAGCAUCGUUUCGAGAGAUGGCGCCAUAAUCUUUAGGUAGUACCCGGUAAGAUGGCGCCACUUUUUGAUAUUUAACAAAUUGAAUACAUAUCAGUGAAAGUAUACGGAUCAAAGUCAAAUGGCGUUCUAAAAGAUUUAAUUAUGUGUCGAAAGAUGACAGUAAAUUGAUGUCGCUAUAAAGUUAUCUUUGGCAAUCCUCUACUUAUUUGAAAUUCUCUUUGAUAUAAGCUAGUAUUAAAAUAGCAUGGAAAGACUUGAACGUUUUACAAUGUACUUUCUCAAAUAUUAAUUAAUUUAAAUUUCUUUAAAAUGGUGAAUGAAUGAAUUCAACAAUUUUUAACGUUAUAAUGUUGUUUUAAUUUAUGUAGAUGCAUUUAUGUUCUUGUUCUGGUUGUGUGUUGUUUAUAAUAUAUGUCAAAUAAAAUGGACAGUUGAGGUAAUAAA